UGAAAAUUUGUUUCAUAUUUUGAAAAACGCAACAAAAAUCAGAAGGACAUGUUGGUGGCACUGACACAUUCAGAUCAAAAGUAAAAAUGGCCUCGAUCGCAAGGCAGCUGGGUGUCCAAUCAAGCCGACAUCAUGUGGUGCCGGCAAUCUCCACUGCCUGCGUUCACGCCAAAUACAGCACCGAUGUUAAACCCCUGUCGUCUACCAGACUGGCGACAAUGAAAAAAGGAACCGGCGGUCGUUCCAGCUUCAAUGGUAUCGUUGCCACUGUCUUUGGAAGUACAGGUUUCCUAGGUCGCUAUCUGUGCAAUAAAUUGGGCAAGAUUGGCUCACAGUUGAUUUUGCCUUAUCGUGGUGACCAUUACGACGCUCUGCGCCUCCGCCUGGUUGGAGACCUUGGCCAGGUCCUGUUCAUGCCCUAUGAUAUCAGGGAUGAUGCCUCCAUCAAAAAGGCGAUGAAGUACUCUAAUGUGGUGAUCAACCUCGUUGGCCGCGAUUGGGAAACCAAGAACUUUAAGUUUGAAGACAUUUACAUUGAUGGUCCUGCUAGAAUUGCAAGACUGGCCAAGGAGUGCGGCGUUGAAAAACUAAUCCAUGUCUCAAACAUCAGUGUCUCUGAACAUCCAGAGCCCCUCAUUCUUCCCAACGGCUCCAAGAUUCUGAGGACCAAGUUCAUCGGAGAGCGGUUAGUGCGAGACAUCUUCCCCGACGCUGUCGUUUUCAGACCAUCCGACAUUUAUGGCAGCGAAGAUCGGUUCCUGCGGUCAUACGCCAACCUGUGGCGGCGCCAGUUCAAAGCAGUGCCUCUGUGGAGGAGUGGAGAGGCGACCAUCAAGCAGCCCGUCUUCGUCAGUGAUGUGGCUGCUGGAAUCGUUGCUGCGAUCAAAAAUCCUGACACAGCUGGUAACACCUAUUAUGCAGUUGGGCCCAAGAGGUACCAGCUUUCCGAACUAGUCGACUGGUUCUUUAGGGUGAUGCGUAAAGGCCCUGACUGGGGCUACGUCAGAUAUGACAUGCGCUUUGAUCCCUUCUUCAAACUGAAGGUGACUUUGACAGAAAAGAUUUGCCCCGGCUGGCCCAUCGCUGGGUUGUCUUGGGAGAAGCUGGAAAAGGAUCACGUCACCGAUGUGGUUCCUUAUGGAUUCCCCACCCUGGAGGAUUUGGGAGUGAACCUCACGCACAUGGAGGACCAGGUGCCAUGGGAGCUGAAGCCUUUCCGUGCUAAUGCUUACUACGAUGAAGAACUGGGCGAGUUUGAGAAGCCAGCCCCGCCCAAAUUCAUCCCAACAACCAUCUAGACUUUGCAACAUCAAAAGAUGCUGGGUAGAAUUUCUAUGUACAUAGAUUGUUAAAUUGUUUUAAGAAAUAAUGCGACUAAAUUAAAGAAAUUCAUCGGCAUGACAUAUA